AUGGUGUCCAAGCUCACGUCGCUCCAGCAAGAACUCCUGAGCGCCCUGCUGAGCUCCGGGGUCACCAAGGAAGUGCUUGUCCAGGCCUUGGAGGAGUUGCUGCCAUCCCCGAGUUUCGGAGUGAAGCUGGAGACCCUGCCCCUGUCCCCCGGGAGCGGGGCCGAACCCGAUACCAAGCCGGUCUUCCAUACUCUCACGAAUGGCCACGCCAAGGGCCGCUUGUCCGGGGACGAGGGCUCCGAAGACGGGGACGACUAUGACACUCCUCCCAUCCUCAAGGAGCUGCAAGCGCUCAACACCGAGGAGGCGGCGGAGCAGCGGGCAGAGGUGGACCGGAUGCUCAGUGAGGACCCUUGGAGGGCUGCCAAAAUGAUCAAAGGCUACAUGCAGCAACACAACAUCCCCCAGAGAGAGGUGGUUGAUGUCACGGGUCUGAACCAGUCACACCUCUCCCAGCAUCUCAACAAGGGCACCCCUAUGAAGACCCAGAAACGUGCUGCCCUGUACACCUGGUACGUCCGAAAGCAACGGGAGAUCCUUCGACAAUUCAACCAGACAGUCCAGAGUUCUGGAAAUAUGACAGACAAAAGCAGUCAGGAUCAGCUGCUGUUUCUCUUUCCAGAGUUCAGUCAACAGAGCCAGGGGCCUGGGCAGUCCGAUGACGCCUGCUCUGAGCCCGCCAACAAGAAGAUGCGUCGCAACCGGUUCAAAUGGGGGCCCGCAUCCCAGCAAAUCUUGUACCAGGCCUACGACCGGCAAAAGAACCCCAGCAAGGAAGAGAGGGAGGCCUUAGUGGAGGAAUGCAACAGGGCAGAAUGUUUGCAGCGAGGUGUCUCUCCGUCCAAAGCCCACGGCCUGGGCUCCAACCUGGUCACUGAGGUCCGUGUCUACAACUGGUUUGCAAACCGCAGGAAAGAGGAAGCGUUCCGGCAGAAGCUGGCCAUGGACGCCUACAGCUCCAACCAGACGCACAGCCUGAACACCCUCCUCUCCCACGGCUCCCCCCACCACCAGCCCAGCGCUUCUCCUCCAAACAAGCUGUCAGGAGUGCGCUACAGCCAGCAGGGAAACAAUGAGGUCACUUCCUCCUCAACAAUCAGUCACCACGGCAACAGCGCCAUGGUGACCAGCCAGUCUGUUUUACAGCAAGUCUCUCCAGCCAGCCUGGACCCAGGCCACAAUCUCCUCUCACCUGAUGGUAAAAUGAUCUCAGUCUCAGGAGGUGGCUUGCCCCCCGUCAGCACCUUGACGAACAUCCACAGCCUGUCCCACCAUAAUUCCCAGCAAUCUCAAAACCUCAUCAUGACACCCCUCUCUGGAGUCAUGGCCAUUGCACAAAGCCUCAACACCUCCCAAGCCCAGAGCGUCCCCGUCAUCAACAGUGUGGCCGGCAGCCUGGCAGCCCUGCAGCCGGUCCAGUUCUCGCAGCAGCUGCACAGCCCUCACCAGCAGCCCCUCAUGCAGCAGAGCCCAGGCAGCCACAUGGCCCAACAGCCCUUCAUGGCUGCUGUGACUCAGCUGCAGAACUCACACAUGUACACACACAAGCAGGAGCCUCCCCAGUAUUCCCACACCUCCCGGUGUCCUGCGAUGGUGGUCACAGAUACGAGCAGCAUCAGCACGCUCACCAACAUGUCUUCCAGCAAACAGUGUCCUCUCCAAGCCUGGUGA